CAUCUAACCUUCAUCAGUCAUCAUGCCUAAGGAAAGCACCACCAAGUCUACCCGCAAGGCUCCCGAGAAGCGCGUCCAGCGCCGCAAGAAGGACCCCAACGCGCCUAAGCGCGGUCUGUCCGCCUACAUGUUCUUCGCCAACGACAACCGCGACAAGGUUCGCGAGGAGAACCCCGGCAUCAGCUUCGGCCAGGUUGGCAAGCAGCUUGGUGACAAGUGGAAGGCUCUGAGCGAGACUGACCGCAAGCCCUACGAUGACAAAGCUGCCGCUGACAAGAAGCGCUACGAAGAGGAGAAGGCCGCCUACCUCGCCAAGGCCGAGGAAGAGGAAGAGGAAGAAUCCUCUUAA